ACAAAGGCUUGGAGCCCUUCUUUAAUCUUCCUUCCCUACCACCACCACCACCACCGUCAUGCCUGCACUGCUCGUACAACAACAACGUGAUGGCGAUACACAGCCAAACCAUCAAUCAUCCACGCAAAAUACUACGGCGCCCACGUCACGUAGUCGCAAGAUUUCGACCCCGACCGUCAAGCCCAAGAAAGAGGGCCCUAUCAAGGCGAACACUCCCCCGCCGAAACCAGAGCCCGUGCCCACCCAGUCCCAGAUGAAGAAGCUCUCGCGCAAAUCGAGCAAACCCAUCAUCAACUGGUUUCAGCGCAAGCUUGCGGGAACCGUACGGGUGAGGAGUGCGUCCGAUGGCGAUACAAUGCGAACGCGGGGACCAAGUGUGCGGUCCAGUACCCUCAAAGAACAACGGCGCAGGUCAUCCACUCCUGCCGUUCCCCCGCUACCCGGUGUGCAGUCGCAAGCUCAGAACGCUAAGAGCAUGAAGAUUACACCACGAGUAAAUACUCUACCCGCUGCUGCCGGCACAAAGCGCAAUACAAUAUCUCUCGACGGCUCCGAUGACUUCAGUAGCGUGCAUGACGCUAAUACCGUCGAUUCAUCAGAAGAUUAUCGCUCUUCAUAUGCUCGAGAGUCGCUGUGGUCGCCCACUAGUCUCAGUGUUCGUGAGGCGGACGAGGAUGCGUCUGUUCGCCCGUUGCCCCCAAGUUCGCCCCCCUCACCAUCCCCCUCGCACUCCUCGGCCUCGUAUCUCUCAGAUCCACGCACGUUUGCUAGUAUGGCAGCCAGCACAAAGCCCACAACUGUUCUGAGCAUUGACCUGACCGACGGAAUGGCACAUAUCGCUCAGGCACCACCGACACCUACCAUCCCUUCACGCAGACUUGGCUCGCACGUUCGUCAACACUCGACUACUGCCAGCACUGGUGGUUCAAUCACCUUCUCUGCCCUCCCCCCUGCCAACUCCUCUCCACCGUCAUUGUCUUCGCACGGCCCCGCGAGCACCACCACCACUCUCCAGUCAGUUACACUGCAUGCGCCACAGCACACCCACCAUCAUCCGCGAAAUAACCCCCGCCCGUCAUCUCCUCCCCUUGACGACGCCUCGUUGCUGACUCUGGCUUCGUCCGCUUUUGCCUCGCCUGGGGCGCGUACCGGUGCGAAUGCGCUCGCGGGACGUCGGUCGGUCGCGGAUGACUCCAUCUCACACUUCAGCGGCACUGCUGGUGUAGGCGACAGCUCGAGUCAUUUCCUGUUGGCCGAAAUGGAUGCGGAAGAUGACCGGUUAUUGGAACAGUUGGAUAGGGAUGGAGACGUAGAUGCGAGCGUGCGAGCGUUGAGGCCUAGGAGCUCACGGCGAGGGAGCUGGGAGAGCGAGGCGAGUGGCUGGAGUGCACACUUUGGGAAUGGUACGGGUCCACCAGGCACGCCCAGUGCCCUCAGGGACAGGAGCGUAUGGACGACGGGCAGUUUCAAGACGGGAGCGAGGAGCGUCAACCUUACCGAGGAGGAGACUUCGCAAGACAAGUCUUCGAGCGGACAUACUGACGAGGUCUCGUUCCCCGCUGCCAAGAGCGAGGUUAUUCACGAAAUCGAGGACACCCGCCAGUUUACUGACGAGGAAGACGUCAAGACGCCUCUCGCGAACGGCAUUGCCCCUUCUUCGUCUUCGAUAUCUGAGUCCUACGUCGAGGGGAGCGGUACCCACACUCCGAAGCGCGAAAGGACAAUAAGCACGCCGAAGAUCUCCACCUUAACCCUCGAGGGUAUGCCGCCGCCUCUGCCGGUCACUCGCAUUUCCGAAGAGCAAUCAUUGCUUACGCCGCACCAAGGCGACAGACAGAGCAUCUUAUCGGCCACCACGGAUGCCCAGACAGACGUGUUUGUAUCCGCGCCGUCCACUCCCGCCGCUCUGUUGUAAUGCAUCCAUUGUGGGUGGAUCCUUAUCCGUAAAUACGCUGCCGCUGACUGUCUGUAGACACAUCUUGGGAAGUUUUUUGAGCUGCUCAUUGGGUGGCAUGAUGUUGUUCAAUUACUCCGUGUACAAUGUCGGACAUGCUCUACACUGUACACAACACGCCCUCCUGUUUUCCCGACCUCUGAUCUUUCCAAUCCUUUUGCGUUUCUUCUCCAUUCGGCUGUAUAGGCUACUCUCUAUGAUGUGCUACCGCUCUCGUUCGAUGUUCUCAUCACCUCGCAUACCGCUCUUUCGUUCAUGGCCAUGUAUUAGUCGGGUAUUUCGACUGGUCUUUAGGCACCUGAUGGCAUCUGAUUCAUAUGAUCCGCUGCUUAUCC